AUGGCUGAGCGUGGACGUGGUGGUUUUGGACGUGACCGUGGACGUGGUGGCCGCGGUCGUCGUGGUGCCCGCAAGGACGAGAAGGAAGAGUGGGUGCCUGUGACCUCGCUGGGUCGUCUCGUCAAGGACGGCAAGAUCAAGUCGAUGGAGGAGAUUUACCUGUUCUCGCUCCCCAUCAAGGAGUACCAGAUUGUUGACAUUCUCCUGCCCAAGCUCACUGACGAGGUCAUGAAGAUCACGCCUGUCCAGAAGCAGACCCGUGCCGGUCAGCGCACGCGCUUCAAGGCCUUUGUGGCCAUUGGUGACUCGGAUGGUCACCUCGGUCUCGGUGUCAAGUGCGCUACGGAAGUGGCCUCUGCCAUCCGUGGUGCCAUGAUCAUGGCCAAGCUCACGAUCAUUCCCGUGCGCCGUGGCUACUGGGGUAGCGCUCUUGGUAAGCCUCACACGGUGCCCACGAAGGUGUCGGGCAAGACGGCCUCGGUUAUGUGCCGUCUUGUGCCUGCUCCCCGCGGUACGGGUAUUGUGGCUUCGCCCGCGCCCAAGCGCCUGCUGCAGCUGGCCGGUAUUGAAGAUGUGUACACCCAGUCGAAGGGUCAGACGGCUACGAUGGGUAACUUCCUGAAGGCUACGUUCGAGGCUGUGUCGAAGACGUACGCUGUCCUCACGCCCAACCUCUGGGAGGAGGUGCCUGUCCCUCCGACCCCAUACGUGGAGCACGCGACGCACCUUGCUCGCGUUGGCAAGAAGCUUCACUAA